UUCUUUUAAGUGAUGCUCACAGCGCUUAUAAUGUUAGUUUGAUGAUUUACGGAAUGUGGAAGCCGCCGUUUUUACAAGCGUUACCAUUCACGGCACCGGGAUUUGAGCUGGGCGCCAUCGCUGCUAACGAUGUUUACGCCGGAAAUCUUAAUUUUCAACUGAGCUUUGUUUCCUCUAAAUUGGUGCAGAUUUGCACGGAUAUUUCAGCAAAUAUUAAUCAGAUAGCGGAGCGCUACUACAACACAACCGAAGAAGAAUCGGCCGUUAAAGCUUUAUUUUAUCCAGGGUGUGAUUCAUCAACAGCCGUAGCUGAUUUUGGGCGAGAAUGGAAUAUUUUAUCAGUUAACAUUGGUGCAACGUUUUCCAAUACGCGAAAUCGGACCACCUACCCGACCAGCGUCGCAUUCGGACCGUAUCCGUACGAGAUUUACGGUGUCAUGGUUGGCCAGUUGAGUGCCGCUUACAAAUGGCCGAGUAUUGCCAUUGUCUACGAUGUGUCCGGCAUUACGCUCUUCAACUUGCGGGUGUCUCAGGAGAUUCGCCGCUAUAUGCGCCAGAAUUACGAGCAUAUCGAUGUGCACGCGUUUCCUGUUGACGUACGCGGCAGCGUCGAAUUUCGGCCCAUCAUCCAGGAAAUUUCCCUCUUUACACGCGUGAUUUUCUUUGCGAUGCCAGCCAAUGUCACCCAAGAAUUUCUGAUGGUCUUUGCGGAUUCCGGUGAACCGAGGGAGGAAUAUGUGCACAUCUACUUGGAUUUUGUGGGAAGCGUUAAAAGCCCACUAAACCUGGACUACAACGCUUCCAGUGACGUGGCUGCCUCGUUAUGGAAAUCGGUAUUUGUUGUGGCCAUCUGCUUUGAUCAUGAUGAUGUAAAAAUGGUCGCAUUACGAAAGGAAUUUUACCGAACCGCCAUCGACAAAUACAACGCCACUUUCCGUGGUCCCAACGGUGUUGCAAACGAGUUUAUUACAACAGCCUAUACAUCUAUUCUGCUCUACGCACAAGUCUUAAAUGAGACAAUCAACGCCGGAUAUGACCCGCGUGAUGGCAGCCGGUUAGCCGCUGCCAUGCUGAACCGUACCUUUACAUUUCCCGCUGUGGGAAGCGUGUAUAUCGAUGAAAAUGGUGAACGACAGAACACGAUCUGCUUAUACAACUUUCAGCCUGAACUGCAACGUUUUGAAAGAGUGAGGUAUUUCGACAGUGCAACACGGACACUGCGUAAUGCUUCUGAUGCUGCUGUUUACUGGGGAACACCACACAAUAUACCGCCGCUUAGCGAGCCUGUGUGCGGUUUCACGAAGGACCGGGGACCCUGUUCGAAACUGGGAUCUUCGACCCUUGGAGGGAUAAUUUCCGGGAUAGUACUGGUGGUUCUGGUUUUAUCUUGUACGGUCCCGCCUUUUUUACGGAUGCAGAAACCAGCAGUGGAUGAAAACUGGUGGGUUGUGGAUAUGCAUCAUUUGAGCCGCGCUGUCGAAGUUGGUAGCAGCGAGAUUUCUGGACGCAGUCACCCUUUCUCUUUCAAAUCCAACCUGCUUAUCAACGCACCUAUGCGUUACCACGGGAUGCACGUGUGGGCAAAGGUCGUGCAAAUCAGCAAGCGUGCCGUUCAGUUGCAGUCCAGCAACGGAAUUAUUAACAUUCGACCGGAAUUCCGCCAGCUUAUGACAGAGAUUCGGGCGUUAUCGAGGCGAUGUGCCAACAUCAACCCGCUCAUCGGUAUCGGACUCGGGCCGAUCCGCUUAACCUACCUAACUGCGCUCUGCCAACGAGGAAAUCUUGGUAACCUCAUCGAAGAAGUGUCGCUCGACUGGGGACUGAAGUGUUCGCUCAUUGCCGACCUCGUUGAAGGUGUAGCUGCCAUUCAUCGUACAACGAUUCGCCGUCAUGGUCAUUUACGCCCCUCCAAAUGUCUCAUCGAUAGUCGACUGGUGCUGAAGAUUAAUGAAGCCGGUUUCUACGAUACCCUUCACGAACUACAGGUGGAACUGAUCAACCCGAAAAACUUCGAAGCCAUUGGUGAAACACUGCAUAAUGCAUGGGUUGCGCCUGAAUUGAGGAUCGAGCUCAUCGAAAGCGCCACGUUCGCCCAUAUCGCCAUGCAAGCCGAGCCACCGGCUGACGUGUACGCUGUUGGAGGAUUGAUUAACUAUUUACUGCAAGAUCACACCAGCAGUAAAGAUGAGAAGGUGGUGGACUUUGCUUUCGCUAGUAACCACGGGAUUCCGCCCAACGCAGUACCUUUGUUAUCCACCCUCUUGUAUGAAUGCCGCAACGUUAAUCCGGCCGAUAGGCCAAACAUCUGGCAGGUGAAAAUGGAGAUACACAAAGUGGCCGACAAUGCGGGAAAACUUUUUGAUCAACUGGUCAAACGAUUGGAAGAUUACGCUGUGCAGCUGGAGAAUGCCGUGUCCCUCCGCACCUAUACGCUCAAACAGGAAAUGGAGAAAUGUGAUUCGCUGUUAGGCGAGAUGCUUCCGAGGUACGUCUUGGUACAGCUCAGAAUAGGUCAUCUGGUGCAACCGCAGAUCUUCCACUCCGUAACUAUCCUUAUGACUGGUGUUGCCGGCUUCGAAGAAUUUGUCAUAAAAUCCCAAAACAGCCCUCUGGAAUUAGUGGUUUUCUUGAAUAACAUGUUCACGGUCUUCGAUUGCAUCAUUGCCAAAUAUGACUGCUACAAAGUGGAGACCAUAUUAGAGACUUGUUUGGUGGUCAGCGGUUUGCCGGUGGAAAAUCAUGGCGAUCACGUUAACGUGAUAGCUAGUUUGGUGCUGGAAAUGCGAACAGAGUUCAAACAAGGAUUUCCGGAUGGGCUUCACUUGAAAGCAGGAGUUCACAGUGGCCCGUGUGCAGCCGGUGUUGUUGGAACCGCCCGACCACGCUACUGCGUAUUCGGCGAUUCCGUAAAUGUCACUUCAAGAUUGGCCUGUACCAGCAAAGCCAACAAAAUCCAUAUUAGUAACGCCACAGAAGAGCUGCUGGGAUUCGACCCCAGCUUCAAGGUCAGUCGGCGUGGGAUGACUUACCUGAAGGGUAUCGGAUCGAUGAUGACCUUUUGGCUCGACGGCUGAAUAAAGUCGUGUGUGCAGCAGAAUUGUUGGAUAUUCUUGGAUCAAAUCAAGAAGGCAGCUUGCAUGCAUUAAUUUUACAAACCUCGUCACAGAAAUUGCUGAUUAAAACUGAAUUAUCAAUUAUUUUUCGGAAAAGGCCACACGUAACAUGUACGA